UCGAUGCUGUAUCGUAGAGUGUUACUUCUGUACUAAGUGACACUGUAAGUUGUGAAGAAUGCCAAAAAAGAAAAACAAGACGAGGAAGAAGGGAAAAGGGAAAGGUAAGAAGGAGGGAAAGCAGGAGAUCACAGCAGACAUAGAGUCAGACGCGGAGAAGGCCAAGGCGAACGCAGCCCUGUGGGAGGCCAGACUGAAUGUCACCGAGGCGUCGCGGGCUGAGUACCGCGAGGCCACUCGCAGGCUGGCACAAGUCAACGAGGAGCUCACGAGCCAGCGGCACCGUGCAGAGAAGGACAUGGCGGACAUCAUCGCUUUCCUGAAGCUGAAGGAAGCUGAAAAGGAGCAGAAGAUCGCCGAGCUGGAGGAAGAGCUAAGGGAGCAGAAGAAGGAAGCCGGAGAGCAGAACGAACGGAUGGCCAGCGAAUACACGCUCAGGAUCAAUGAGCUGGAGGAGAACUUUCGAAAGAGAUCCAGAGAUUUCCAGGCGACCCAAGGAGAACUUCAGAUGAUUAUGGAGUUCCGCAAGAAGAAGGCCCAGAUGGAGCAGGAGCUCCACGAUCUCAAAGAGAAAGUUCACAUCGGAGACAGAGAUCACCGGGAACGUCUGGCACAAACGGAGCGCAAGUUCUUUAGGCACAAGCUCCGCCUGGAGAAGGAGGCCGAGCAGCAGGUCGCCAGGCUGGCCGAGAGAGCCCACAAGGAAGCCGUUGCGCAGCUGGACGAGGCGUCCCGCGUGGUGUUUGCCGAGAACGUCCGGCUGAACGAGGCGCUGGGCUACCACCUGAAGGAGGCGGAGGAGCUGAGGAAGUGCAGAGCUGCCCUGCUGGAGGAGAACGGUUCGCUCGCCCUGCGCAAGGAAACCAGCGAGAUGAUGGUUUUGGAAAACGUGACUCGGCUGAAGCGGCAAGCAGAGGAGAUUGCGGCUCUCAAGGACGAGGUGACCUCCCUGGAACGGACCCUCGGCCUCAUGGCUGCCAAUUUUCAGCAAGAGCAGCGAGAGGCCCAGUGCCAGUUGCGAAUGGGUGCGGAGGCGGCCCACGCCGAGGUGAACAGGCUGCAGAAGGCCCUGGCGGUGCAGGGACGGGAGAUGGGCCGUGUGAAGUGGCUGGCCCGCCACCUGGUGGAGCAGCGCACCGAGCUCGAAAGCUUCUUCCACGAAGCGCUGGCACAGGUGCGGCAGGAAGUUCGGGCCAGCCAGGAGCAGUGUAGCCGGGCAGCACUGGGAGUCUACCGGCAUGGGACAAGCGAAGUCCGCGUGGGCCGCCGCCACAUCAGCACCUUCGACUGGAGGAAGCAGAGCACAAACAGUGCGCGCGCUGACCUGAAGAAGGCUGACAAGUGGUCUCAUGUGCAAGGUGCGAAGGUGGACAUUUCUCAGCUCACAUGGGAGCAGAAGGAGAAAGUACUCAGACUGCUUUUCGCCACAAUGAACGGACUCAGGGCAAGGAAAUCCACCCAGCUCUUAACCUUUCCUCGGUCUGCAGCGAGAGAGAACAAUGUCAGCAACCCAAGAGCUGCAGAACAGAUGACAAAGGUGACCUUCAUCACACAGGCACCUGUGUCCACCGUGCCCUUGCCAGUCAGCAGGUUACCACCCAUCAAGACCUCAUGAGCAGAAAGCAGCCCCUCUCUCAUGGGCACUAUUAAAGCACAAUGUUUGAAAACUGCUACACUGACAUAUUAUACUGUAAAACCAAGCAUUGUGCAUUUCAACAAUUCAAAUAUGGCAUUUCCUUUAACUGCUUGUACUAAGAGUUUCUAAAAUACUUCUAUAGAUACAAUUUUUCUUCUAAGAGAACUUUUAAAAUCCACUUUUGCAUUUAGUACAUGUUAUAGGAGCAGUGCUGUUUACUUGGAAAAUCUAUGCAGGCAAACUUACAUUUGAAGUGAUUUGUCACCUUGGUGAAUAAGGUGUGUGGGCUAGUAACACUACAUGGUAUCCGUUGUAAGUCUCUUUGGACAAAAGCGUCUGCUAAGUGUAUAAAUCUAAACGUUUUUGGGUAACAGCUGAUAAAUAAAAGGCUUACUGUUUGUGUUGAUUUGACAAUUGCUUCACAGACAUCUGUGUGUGAUGCAACAUGAGCUAAAGAACUGCUAGUUUAAUUCAAAAACGUCACAUUCUGGAGAGAACGAAUAACAUGUUAUACACCCUGACAUUCAAGAAACAGUUCCAUGUGGGCACAAUCAAGUUAUUAAUUGUACAGGUCAUUUCAUUCAAUAAUCUUAUGGGGAAAAUCUACAGGACUACUGUUGUCAUGUUAGGACUACUGCAUAUACUAUACAAUGUUACAGCUUCGUUACACAAGUCAACCUACAUCACCUGUAAGUAGAAACCUGUAUAGUUCAGAAAAAAUGUUACUGAACACAUGAAAUGUCACAGGCAGUUGUGCAGCAGCAAAAAUGACAGAAGAAUGAAAUGACCAGUAAAUUAGCAUUUGUCUGAACUUUAAGGCCUACUUUUACACUUGUGUUGU